AUAUGAUGAAAUAGUGUUGCGCGCGAAUUAAACGUAAAGCAAACGUGCGCGAAAGAGAUCGCGAUACGAUCAAGAUCCGUGUAAUGGCGUCGCGCAGGCGCCCCGAAAUGAAUCCAAAACUGCACAUGGACAGACAGCCAACAGCUGCACGCAUAACAGAUCCAUCUUUACCCGCUGGCAAGCGUCGCGAAAUCGAUAACGUCAUGAAGAAGGCACGUGCGAACACCACCAACGAUUACUGGGACAAGAAACUCAUUGAGGCGGAGGAGAAGGAUCCGAAUCGAUGGCGUCACACUGGCUACAAGAAAAUGUACAUUCAGGGCGAGAGCAGCUCGGGCGGCGAAAGUGAACGCGAUGCGGCCCAAGCCGUUGGCGCCUAUGCUCCUCGUUAUCAUCCGAGUGGUGGUGGUGGUGUUGGUGGAUCCAUACCCAGCUCCGGUCUGCCGCCGCCCUCAUCGUCCUCCUCAUCCGUUGCAGCCGCGGCGCGUUAUGGUCGCUCCAGAUCGCCGCAUUCGCGAAGUCGCUCCCGUUUGCGCAAAUCGCCGCCCUUGUCGCCGCCGCCGCCGUCAUCGGCGUCGGGGCAUUCACGUCGUCGCUCGCCGCCGCCGCAGUUUAUGGAGCGGAGGUCGGUCAUGUCGCCGCCAUCGCCGCAUCACAAUUUGCCGCCGCCACUGCUGCGUGGCCGACCACGUUCGCCGCCGAUGCCACCGCGCAGUUUGGCGCCCCGCUCGCCCAAUCACGGUGGUGGCAGCAGCAACAGCAGUCGUCCGGGCAACGGUCACGGUCGUCCGCGUUCGCCGCCGGAACCGCUUGCCGGCGGCUCUUCAUCGCAGCUGCGUCGCAAGCCGCCGCCAACGACAAAUGCGUCGCGCUCCCCAUUGGGCAGGCGUCGUUCGCCGCCAUUGUCGUCGUCGUCGGGCUUGGAUAAACGUGGCAUGGGCUCCGGGCACAUUCUGCCACGCUCCAAGCGUCCACCCUCGCCGCCACCCAGACAUUCGAUGCGCUCGCGUUCCAACAGCUCGAUGAGCAGCAGCUCGGAUGAUUCCUGUUCGCUCUGCUCGCCCAGUCAUCGUCACAGAUCUCGCUCUCGCGGUCCGCGUUCUCCUCCUCCGAAGCCACGUGGCCAUUAUCGGGGCGUUGGAGCGCCGUCGUCUUUAGCGCCGCCGCCCGAUUCGCAUGGUCGGUUGCAUGGACGGCCGACAACGCCGCCACCGCCGGUGCGUGGCAGUGCCGGGCUUGACAAGUAUCGCGACGCCAAGAUGCGUGCCCAAGUUGGUCACGAUGCGCGCGGCGGCUCUUCGGAUCGUGCGCAUAUGAAAGUGGGUCGCGUGUCGCGUCAUUCUCCGCCACCGGAGGAUCCGCGUCUCAAGCAUCGCCCGCCAGAGCCACCAGAGCCGGCAACGGCGGCAACAGCCGGCGCUCCACAGGCCAAGAAGAAAAAGAAGGAGAAGGAGUUGCGCACGCGUGUCAAAAUCGAAGGUGAGAAACGAAAGAAGCAUUCGAGUGCUGCGACUACAACGACGAGUGCCAGUGCAAGUGGCAAUGGUGGUGGUGGCAAUAACUCAUCAUCCGAUUCGGAUGAUUCGGGCGGUUCCGAUAGCGAUGAGGCGGCGGCAACAGCACCGGCCUUGCCCUCAUUUUCGGCAACGACGCGUCUAACGCUAUCCGAGCGAUUCGGCAAAAUGGCUCAGUGGAGCAUCGAUCGCAGCAACAUGGAGAAUAUGCGCAUCACCAAAGAUUCGGCUGGUGGUGCGCUCAAAGUGAUGAUCGAGGAGGGCAUGGAGUCGCCCCCACGUCGCUACUCGUACUCCCCAGCGCCGGCUGGCCACUUUCCCGAGGAGUUGGCCACAACAGCACCGUCGGGCAUGCUGUCGUGGGACGAUGUGCGCGUCCGUUACGAAUACUACAAGAGUCGCGGUUACUUGCGAGAUUUGGAUUUAAAGGACUACAUCAAGUGGGAGGAGUGGUGGUAUAAAUAUCAGGAGUGGUUGAAACAGGAACGCUAUUACGAGUACUGGGAUCGCAGUCAGCAGAUGCGACGUCGGCGCAAGAAGCUGCCAGUUACUCAGCGUUUAAAUUAGUUAAUUGCACAUUUAUUUUUAAUAGAAGUCGCCACAACCCGCCCCCCAUCGAGACUCCCCCGUUUUUCGAUUUCAUUCUGUUAGUUUUCCCUACUUGCCCCUCCCCCCACCUUCGCCCGCCCUUUUCUGUUUUAUGGAUUAACAGUUUGCACUCUGAAAUUGAAAUCGAAAUUUCCCUUUUUUGUACAUUUAGAAUGUAUGAAACGGCAUUUAGUCAGCUUUUGUAUUUAAAAACUAAUUUAUAUAUGAAGUAUAUGUGAAUCAAUUCGUCGCUGGAUUUAAGGUGUGUACUGAUCACUAUAUAUAUCUAUAUUUAUAUAUAAAUAAGGGUUUAAUCAAAAUUUCAACACAGAGCAUUGUAAUAUUUCAGUUAAAUAUUUUCUGUGUACGUGUUAUAUUUUAUUUCAGGCAGCAAGAGACAUUUGUAAACGCAUUAAAUAACCUACAUAAAGAUCAUAAAUAAAAGAAAAGAAUAUAAAUAAAA